UAAUCAAAAUGUUUCGUAUAAAAAUAAAUUUUGUGGUCCUUAAUUGCAUCAGUUUUAAUUUUCGGUUUUGAUAUACAAAUCUCACAAAUUAUAAUCAACAGCAUGAAAUUCAUUGUUCAUAUUUUGGCAUUCGUCUGUCUUGCACAGAGCGUAUUUGGAGCUCCAAGCCAAGCCAGUAAUGCUGAACCAUCAAACCUUGAUGGUUUAUCAGAAUUGAUCAAUAACUUCAGUUCCGGAUUGUUAGAAAGCGCAAAAAAAAUCGGUGAAGAGGGUGCUAAUAAUAUGAAAAGCGGUUUCAACGAGCUCGCUGGUCAUAUGAACAAAAUAAUGAGUGAAUCAGAUCUAAAAAAAGCUAUGCAAAAUUUUCAAGAAACAAUGAAUGGACAUAUGGAAGCAUUAAAAAAAGAAAAUCCAGAAGCUGCCGCUAGCGCUCAAAAAAUGCAAGAAUCUUUUAAGGAAGCUUUCGAUAAAGCUUUAGAGGAAGGAAAAAAAAUGACAGAAAACUCAAAAGGUGUGAUGGAAGAUAUGUCAAAAGUGGCCAAAGAAGCAUUCGAGAAAGGCAUGGCCGCAGCUAAAGAAGCACAUAAGAAAUUAGAAAAGCAAAUGGAAAAGAAACCUUAGAUAAGUUUUUGUAAAGUUGUUUUCCGUUACCUAACUUUCGUCGAAAAUAUAAAUUUCGAACUCAUUUCAUUAUUUCAUUAGUAAUGUAUUAAGGCCAAAUGUCACCGUGUUAUUUAAUGCAACUUGGAGG